GCGGGUGCGGAUGUGGAAGCAGAGGGUGCUGGAGCGAGUGCCUUUGCUUGAGGGGAGGGAGGGGUUAAGGGCGAACCAAAGAGGGGAUCCAUGGACGAGUAUGAGGGCGGUGGCGAAGGACAAGGAGAGAAGACACCUGGGGCGGGUGGAGGAGGAGGUGGGGGAGGUGGGGGAGGGAGCGAAGGAGGUAGAGGGGGAGGAGGUGGGGAGAAGGGGGAGGACGGAGCGGAAGCGGAGUGAGAGGGAGAGGGGGGAGUACUGGGUCAAGAAU